AUGUUACAAGAACAGGAAAUUUUGAGCUGCAUUGAGCAGACUAUGGUUGCUGACGCCAAGGUCAUCAAGCAAGCCGAACAGCAGCUAUUUGAGUUCCAAAAACAACCUGGUUUCACCUCCUUUUUGCUGAAUAUCGUGUCCGAUGAGAAUUUUGCAUUAAACGUUCGUCUAUCUUCUGCUAUCUACUUGAAGAAUAAGAUUCACAGAUCAUGGGAUACUAAGAGAGAAGACGGCAUUAAACCUGACGAGAAGCUUUCUAUAAAGGAAAACUUGAUUCAGACUUUAGUCAAGAACUGUGAAAAUAAUCACAUUAGACCCGUCUUGACUGAAACUAUAAAUGGGAUUCUUGUUGGUCAAGAAGACUGGGAUCUGGCACCUAUUAUUAAAAAUCUGUUAUCGAGUGGGGAUGCAUUAUACAUCUACCCUGGGUUAUUGCUUUUAUUUCAGGUUUGUAAAGCUCAUAGAUGGGAUAUGGUUGGAUCAAGAGAGUAUAUAGACUCCGUUAUCGAAGAACUUUUCCCCGUUGUGGAAGGGAUAGCCUCUACUUUUUGUAGUCAAACAGAUUACAGAUCUAACGAAAUAUUAUACUUGAUUUUGAAAUCAUUCAAAUAUGCCUGUUUGAAUAACUUACCGCAAUACUUCAGUCAACCUGAAAGAAUUAUGUCAUGGGUGCAAUUACAUUUGUAUUUGUGUUCCAAACCAUUCCCGGCAGAAGUAAUGGAACUAGAUCCCGCAGACAGGUCCCUAGACAAGAGAGUCAAAGUCAACAAAUGGGGGUUCGGUAAUUUGAACAGAUUCCUGCAGAGGUACAACAAAGUCACAAAGGCAAUUACCAAGGAAUUCGUUGACUACAUCUUUGACACAAUUGUUCCUACGAUCCUUCGAGAAUAUUUCAAAGACAUUGAAGCUUGGGGUAACAAUUCCUUAUGGUUAUCAGAUUCUUCAUUAUACUUCUUGAUUUCAUUUUUGGAAAAAUGUGUUACAAUUGAUCAGCUUUACCCUUUGAUCGAGCCUCACUUACAAAUUAUUUUUGAAAACGUUAUCUUCCCAUGUUUGUGUGCUAAUGAACAAUCCAUCGAAUUAUUAGAAGAUGACCAAGAAGAAUAUACCAGACGUUAUUUCGAUAUUAACAGAGAAGGCUCUACACCAGAUGCUGCUUCAGCAGAUUUCAUAUUCCUAAUUGGUUCUAAACGCCCUGAGAAGUUGAAUAGUAUCCUACCGUUUAUCAAUGACGUUUUCACCAGAUUCAGUGCCAAUAAUGACGAUUUGACCAUGGCCUUCAAAGAAGAGGGUGCUUUGAGAGCAUUGUCUAACUUGUUUUCGUUUAUUGACGAACCUACUAUUUUGGAAAAUAUUUUUAACCACUUCAUUAUCCCAUUGUUAUCCCAGGAUAAAUACAUGUUUUUAGUCGCGAGAAGUUUGGAAACUAUAGCACUAUACUCAGAGGAAUUCAAAGACAUGAGCGUCUUGUCUCAAUUGUUUGAACUAACAUAUACUAAUUUCCUAAACAGUAAUGUCUUACCAGUUCAAAUUGAAGCUGCGGACGCUAUUAAGUGUUUGAUUGUAUCUAAUCCCCAAAUUCACCCAGCCGUCUCUGCACAUGUUCCGGGAAUGAUGGAAAAGUUACUGAAAUUGUCCAAAAUCUUUGAAAUCGAUAUCUUAUCUGAAGUCAUGGAGGCAUUGGUGGAAAGAUUUUCUGAUGAACUGUCUCCAUUUGCUAAGGAUUUAGCAUCCAAUUUAGUAGAACAAUUUCUACGUAUUGCCCAAGCUUUGGUCGAAAACUCAUCAGAGACAUACAGCGCAAGCGAUCAAGAACAAGAAAUUCAGGCUAGUGGGCUAUUACAAACAAUGACUACUAUGGUCAUGUCGAUGAACAAGGUUUCACUAAUCGAACCUUUGGCACCUGUGGUUAAAUUUGUUGUCCUUCAUGCACAAAUUUCUUUUAUUACUGAAGCCGUCGAUUUACUAGACGCCUUGACAAUUUCAUCUCACUUACUUUAUAACCAAAUCUCACCUUCAAUAUGGGAAUUGAUGCACGACAUAUUGGAUUCUUUCCAAACUUACGCUAUGGACUACUUUGAAGCAUACAGUAUAUUCUUCGAAACCAUUGUUAUGACGGGUUUCCCACAAGAUCAAACUUAUGUACAACCUUUGUUGGAAAUUUUAUCCGUUAAAAUGGAAAGUGAAGUUGAUUACGAUAUUGAACAUGUUAUGCAAAUCUUAAUGUAUUUUGCAUUAUCUAUGAGAGAUAUCCCACUAUUCAGUAAAGCUAUCAAAGUAUCCACCAACGAUGAGCUUGGAUUGGAUUCUAAAUGCAUUGUUAAAUUGGGUCUGGCCAAUUUGUUUGCCAAACCAAUAGAAACCUUACAAAUCAUGGAAACCGAAGGGUUCACGAUAAAUUUUUUCAGCAACUGGUUUAACGAGAACUUUUACAGUGUCUUCACUAUUAAAUUACAGGUCUUGGUAAUUUUGACCCUUUUGAAGUUACCUGAAAUUCCAAAUAGCGUCAGCCCGCUCUUAAGUAAUUUGACAAACAAGUUGGUUGACCUGACACUAUCAUUACCUAAGGCCAUAAGAAAUCGUGAUGCUGUCACCGAGGGCAAGUCCUUGGAAGGCGAUUUGACUCCAGAGGAGGAAGAAGAAUACUUCAUUGAAUGUGAUGACGAUAUGAAGGAGACCGUAUUGGACCAAAUCAAUGUUUUCCAGGAAGUACAUGCAUUUUUUAAGAAUCUACAAAAUGAGGACGCCAGUAAAUAUGAAAAAACUAUAAACUACCUGGACGAAUCUAAGAGAGACUCGCUGGAGGUAAUCUUAGAGUUUGUUUCUCAGAACUAA